GACCAGAUAAAUCACAAUGAGUGGAGGUUACGGUAACCACGCGGCGUCGUCGAACCCGUAUGCGCAGCAGCAAGACAGCUACAACCCAUAUGGCGGCGGACAAACCACAGCCUACAACCAAGAGCCCGCAGGUUCGCUCCCCCCCCUCCAACCCAUCACUCUCUCCCCUCCCAGUCAGUUGUACGGAGAGAGGUUGAUCCUGUUUUUCACCGUGUAAUUGUUGCUUCAGAGACUAAAGUUGAACCGUACUCGCCUCUGAAUUCAGGAAACUAUGAGAUGGGCAACCUGAAUGGCGGAGGAGGAUACACCGCGCCACCGCCGCAAGACAAUGUCCAGGACUUCUACGCCGAGGUCGACCAGAUCCGUGGUGGCAUCGAAUCCGUCAAUGCCAAUAUCGCGCAGAUCGAGAGCCUGCACCAGCGCUCGCUGAACGAUAUCGACGAGGCCGCGCAGCAGAUGACGACUAAUCGCCUCGAGGCGCUGGUUACAGAGACGAGCGCGUUGAACACCAACCUGGCCACCAGGAUCAAGGCCCUCAAGGGGAAGGCUUCGAGGGAUCCCACCAAGGCCCCUCAGGUCGGUGUGUUGGAUCGGAAUUUCAAGGAUUCCUUGAGGAAGUACCAGCUCGUCGAGAAGAGCUUUGCCGAUCGGACGAGGGAGCAGAUGGCUAGGCAGUACAGGAUUGUCAAGCCCGACGCUUCCGAGGAUGAAGUGCGACAGGCGUGUGAGGAUUCGCAGGGACAGCAGGUCUUCUCUCAGGCUCUCCUCUCCGGCAACCGCCGCGGCGAAGCCCGUUCGGCGCUGCGAGAAGUCCAGGCGCGCCACACGGAGAUUCAGCGGAUCGAAAAGACCAUCAUCGAGCUGGCACAGCUGUUCAGCGAGAUGGAGCAGAUGGUCACGGAGCAGGACGAGAUGGUGCAGGUUAUUGACCAGCGCGGCGAGGAGAUCACCCACAACGUCGAUAAGGCCCAGGAGGAGAUCGGUGGUGCCGUCGAAAAGGCCCGCUCCGCUAGGAGAAAGAAGUGGUGGUGCUUGUUGAUCGCUCUGCUCAUCAUCAUCAUCAUCGUCGUCAUCGCGGUCGUGGUUACGCUCGUCAACAAGAAGUAGUGGUGGGGGGGCAGCCCAGAUAAUUUUCGAUUCCCGGCUUCUUCUUUUCUUCUUCUUCUUCUUCUUUGGGGGGAGGAGGGAUGGAGGCGGACCUUACAUACUACUACUUCUUCUUUUCUUACCGCUUUUACUUACUUAAUCGCCCAUUGUGUUUUUCUUCUUCGUGCGAAUGUGGUUUUUUUCUUUUGUGGUUUUUCUCUUGUGUAUGGUGUGGGUGUGGGUUUUGGUGAGGAUUAUGGUGAGGAUUAUGGUGAGGAUUGUGGUGAGGUUUAUGAGAGGAAUUGUGGGGAAUUGUGGGGAAUUGUGGUAUCUGUGUAGAAUACAUGUAUACUCGUUUUUCGUUAUGCAUACUUCCUUACUCGUGGUGAAUUGGGUUGUGCUAUGAUGUGGUUGAUGCGGUGUGAUGUACUGUGAUGCGGAUGGCCCGUAGGAUCCUUAUCGAUACCGUGAUGGCACG